AAACGCGUCGUUAGGUUUCAAAUUAGUUAAAAUUAUUGCCUCUUCUGAUUUUGUUGUAAAUCAGUGAGGAGUAACUCAUGGACUUGAGAUCAGUUGUGUUUGUGAAGUGAAUCGGGAAGAAGAAUUAAAAACGAACGUUGAUAAAGAAGAUUGUGAAUAAGUUAAAGUGACAGAGAUUGCAAUGGAUAAAAUAGAAUCAAUAGAAGAAGAUAAAAUUGAAGUUAAAAACGCAGAAACGAAACUACCGUUUUCAAUAGAUAACUUAUUGGCUGAUAAGUUUAAUAGACCAGAAAGUUCGACAUCUUUAGAUUGUUUUAGUGCUUUUAACCAGGUUAAUGUGGACUCUGAUGAUGAUGAUGAUAAAGCUAGCAGUGGGUCAGAGCAACUGGAUGUAGAAACGUCAGUCGGUGAUGAUAGAGAAAUUGGUGAUGUGAAGGCAGAUUAUCAACAAUCAGGUUCCUGCUCUCGAGGCAAGCGCGCUAGAACGGCGUUCAGCGCUCAACAGAUCAAGAGUUUAGAGGCUGAGUUUGAGAAGAAUAGAUAUCUCUCUGUGGCUGCGAGAGGACGAUUGGCUAGGCAAUUGAGACUUACUGAAACACAGAUAAAAAUAUGGUUUCAAAACCGUCGAACGAAAUGGAAACGAAAAUACACAAACGACGUUGAAUUAUUCGCUCAACAGUAUUACAAUAGCUUGGGUAUUGUCACACCUAGGCCAAUGUUCGUUGGUGACAGGCUGUGGAUAUUCAACUAUCCCAAUCGACUUCCACAAUGGAAAUCGUUAAAUGCCAAUAUCAACCAUCAAGGGCAACUAAUAGACAGGAAUCUGUUUAGGAACGCGCCAAAACCCGAUUCUUUUUUAAUUCCCCCGAAUGAACGGUUUUUAAACAUGGAGCGGCUGUCACCUGUCAAAAUUCCCGCGCAAAAUCGACUCGUGCCAAUACCGAAUGUUUACAACAAUUUGGCGCAAAGGAGUUUGGAUAUGUACAAAAAUGGUAUAUUAACUACUCCACAAGAGUCUAAUGUUGAUCACUUGAGAAGACUGGAAGAGAACUUUAGUAUUUAAGUAGACAUAGGUAAUAGAAAUACCAAAGAUGUUAUUUUGUAAUAUAAUUUACAAUA